CUCUAACCUACUCCCAUUGGCGAUCAUACGACGUAUCGUGUUCAGAGUCCCACAGAACAUGUCAGACACAGAAGAGAUCGAUCUGGGUCUCGACUCAGUAUUCACGGAGCAACCAAGACCACCUUCUCCUGAACCGACGACAUCUAUAUACAAGCGAGAAAAUCGGGAUGGUACGAGCGAUCAUAAUGAUUGGUCGGAAAUCACCAUUCGACUGGUUGGGUCGCAUCCACUGUGGGGACAUUACUUAUGGAAUGCAUCUCGCGCUUUUGCGUCGUAUCUCGAUGCCCAUCCAGACCUGUAUCUUGGCCGUACCGUGCUGGAGCUCGGCGCUGGAGGUGGAUUGCCUGGUAUUGUCGCCGCGAAGAAUGGCGCUCGUACGGUCGUGCUGACCGAUUAUCCGGACAGAACUCUUCUCGAGAACCUAGACUUCAAUGUAAACGCGAAUGUUCCACCGCAUGAGUCGCACGUACAGGUUAAGGGGUACAUCUGGGGCAAACCCGUUCAACCGCUCCUAGAAGCCCUGGGUCCAAACGCUUCAAGAUACAACCUGAUCAUUAUGUCCGAUUUGAUCUUCAACCAUUCCCAGCACGACGCCCUCCUGAGUACAUGUGAAGAAACGCUAUCUGUACGAGAGAGGUCUGAAAGAGCAGAACCAUGUCUCCUCGUCUUCUACACGCAUCACAGGCCACACCUUGCGCACCGGGACAUGGGGUUCUUCAGCAAAGCUCAGGAACGCGGAUGGACCUGCGAAGAGAUACUGACCCAGAAGUUCCCCCCUAUGUUUCCCGAGGACCCCGGCGAGGAGGAAGUACGGGCUACUGUGCAUGGCUGGCGGCUUACCCGCCGUCUGUGAGAAUAAGCUACGGUGCAAUAUGCACUUCCGGAAAGAGGGCAGCAGCCCAACAGCAGCCCUCGCUGCGCUGUCUGCACCGCUCGGCGUUUCAUAGGCUUACCACCAUCAUGUGCAUCGUAUACAUCACACUUGCCAGUGAAUGUACUGCGAUUCUGGCCCCGUCAGUUGGAA